ACAGAGAGAUCUCACCGCUGUCAGAAGAGGCGCCCACUUGCACUCUUCUUUGAGUUUUUCAUUUAGCGAACCAAACCCGUUGUGUUAGUCAUCCUUUUUUCUUGUAACAUUGCUGAUAUCUUAUGAUAAAGCGCAUCACAGGGCAUCUGCGCUCUCCAGCGCGCGACCAGCACAGACGCUGAUUUUCUGACACCCUGCUGCGGUCCUGCGCGCUCCCGCGUCUCUCUGGAGCUGUGAGAUUUUAGGAAGCACUGCAGCACCACGAACUGUAAAACUGUUUGAAGUAGAGAGUGUCCUCUUGUCCCGCGUGCCAAUGGAAGGGGACGUUAUGGAUAAACUGGAGGACAUGGCCUCAGUGGGCGAGUUCGACCCUAUCACGGGGAAUAUUCCCGCCACCAAAGUGGAGAUCACAGUCUCGUGCAGAAACCUGUUAGAUCGAGACACGUUCUCCAAGUCUGAUCCUUUGUGUGUUCUGUACACUCAGGGAGCGGAGUCUAAGCAGUGGCGUGAGUUUGGGAGAACUGAAGUCAUUGACAACACCCUGAACCCAGACUUUGUGAGAAAGUACAUCCUGGACUAUUUCUUUGAGGAGAAACAGAAUCUUCGCUUUGACAUAUAUGACAUUGACUCCAAAAGUCCUGAUCUGGCCAAACACCCCUCCGAUUUCAACGACUUCCUAGGCCAGACCUUCUGCACUCUGGGUGAGAUAGUGGGUUCACCAGGCAGUCAUCUGGAAAAGCCUCUGGGUGGCAUCCCUGGGAAGAACUGCGGUACCAUUAUUCUUACUGCAGAGGAACUUGGAAAUUGUCGGGACUGUGCAACAAUGCAGUUCUGUGCCAAUAAGCUGGAUAAGAAAGACUUCUUUGGCCGCUCUGAUCCGUUCAUGAUGUUCUACAGAAGUAAUGAGGACGGAACGUUCACUAUUUGCCAUAAAACUGAAGUGGUAAAGAGUACACUGAACCCUGUCUGGCAGCCGUUCACCAUCCCUGUCAGAGCGCUUUGCAAUGGAGAUUAUGACAGGUCAAUUAAAGUGGAGGUGUACGACUGGGACAGAGAUGGCAGUCAUGAUUUUAUCGGGGAGUUCACCACCAGCUACAGAGAGCUCUCUCGCGGUCAGAGUCAGUUCAACGUGUUUGAGGUGGUGAAUUCUAAAAAGAAACUCAAAAAGAGAAGAUACAUCAACUCUGGCACAGUGACAAUGCUUUCAUUCUCGGUGGAGGCCGAACACACGUUCCUGGACUACAUCAAAGCAGGCACUCAGAUCCAUUUCACAGUGGCCAUUGAUUUCACUGCCUCCAAUGGGAACCCUUCACAGUCAACCUCCCUGCACUACAUGAACCCCUAUCAGAUGAACGCGUACGCCAUGGCGUUGAAGGCCGUGGGCGAGAUCAUUCAAGACUAUGACAGCGAUAAGAUGUUUCCUGCAUUGGGCUUUGGAGCCAAACUUCCUCCUGAUGGCCGGGUUUCCCAUGAAUUUCCCCUGAAUGGUAAUGUAGAUAACCCAUACUGUAACGGGAUGGAGGGCAUCCUGGAGGCUUACCACCAGAGUCUGAAGACUGUCCAGCUUUACGGCCCCACCAAUUUUGCUCCUAUUAUCAACCACGUAGCAAGGUAUGGUGCAGCGGUUCAAGAUGGCUCGCAGUACUUUGUGCUUCUCAUCAUCACAGACGGUGUGAUAUCAGAUAUGGCUCAGACUAAAGAGGCCAUCGUCAAUGCGGCAAAACUACCUAUGUCCAUCAUUAUUGUUGGAGUCGGCCAGGCUGAGUUUGAUGCCAUGGUAGAGCUGGAUGGCGAUGAUGUAAGAAUAUCCUCCAGAGGAAAGCUGGCAGAGAGGGAUAUUGUACAGUUCGUACCAUUCAGAGACUAUAUGGACCGGACGGGAAACCAUGUCUUGAGUAUGGCCCGACUUGCCAAGGAUGUCCUGGCUGAGAUUCCAGAGCAGUUAAUCUUAUAUAUGAAGUCAAGGGGCAUCAAGCCCAACCAGCCGCCACCAGACUACAGCCCACCUGGACUCAGCCCAACCCCCACCAUAUGAGUUUACCGAGCAUGCUGAAGGAAAACAGCCACGCUUGUUAUGCCACCUCCAAUUUGGAUCUCAUUCAAAGCCAAUACGACUGAAUCCGUAUUAGGCGUCUAGAAGAGCGGAUGGCUUCAAUUCUCCAUUUUGGAGAAAUUGAAAACUAAUUCUGUGUUCUGGCCUUUGAACAGAAAGGGACGGUUCUGACUGGUUUGUGGCUGUGAGUUUGUUUCCCCCAUAAUUUAUUCACAAAUUAGUCAAUGCUAUGAACCGAUUCAUAGUUUGGAUCUGACUGUGCUGGAUAUAUGGAGAAGAUCUGCACAAGCAAUACAAUUUUCUAUUUAUUUAACAUCUGAAAAUCUACAAAAACAUGUGUGCGUCAGCAUGCAAGGACUGUAUUAGGAAAAUCUUCCUAUUUAAUUUAUAUCCACCAGAGGUAAGCAAGAAAAAUAGUGAAAUUAUAAGUGAUUGUUUGAAAUAUUAUACCCUUUAUGGGUAAUCUAUCUAGUGGAAUUGAUUGAUUUGUUUGUAGAAUAUGUAGAUAGUUUAUGUAAUUGUGGUUUUAUUUUUCCACAGGCAAAGUCUUUUUAGUACAAAGUAAUAUUUCCCAUUACAGUUUCGCAUUUAAAGCUUUUUGGAGCUAUAUGAUGCUAUUCUAAAGCAUGAAAUCCAGGUAAAAACAAUUGUAUAUUGCAUUAAGACACUGUAUGCAUUUACAUACUUUCAAGUCAGUUAGGAAAAAUCCAGAGUAAAAGAAAGCACAAAUAUUUUCUUAAUGCUGUAAAAUUUGUAAAUGUGAAUCAGAGAGAUGUACUCAGCCCGGUAAUGCUCAAGAAUGCCAGUUUUACUUUUUCUUUUUAAUUUGCCACUCCAAUUCCUUAUUGCUCUGGAGCCAGUAUGUCUUGAUAUUGUACAGCAGCACAGCCCAUCAGGGGGAAACAUGAGAUGCCUCGCCGCUCGCUGCUAAAGAUGAUUGGAGAUGAGGCAACAUCUGCUGUGUUUCUCUGCCCGCAUCCAGCCACACUAAACCUUUGCCCUUUCGUUUCUGGGAUUCACCCUGGAGUUUUCAAAAGAUGAACAAAACACUUUUCAUGCAGCUGAAGUUGCUUUUCUCGCUGUGCAAACAUAAUGCGAUAUUGUUUACAUGUUCUAACCUUGGAUGCAUAGCAUUGGCAUAGUAAUUGCAAACAGUAAGUUUACAUUAAUGGUUGAUAACAUGCAUACAUUAGAAACAAUAUAUAUAUAUAUAUUUUUUUUUACAAAGGAAGCUCAUAUUGAUUUUUCUUUAAAUUUUACUACCAUAAAAAACUUGAAACAUUUAGAAUUAGAAAGACUAAAAAAAAAAACAUACAUAGUAUACAGCCGCUUUUCUCAGAGGUCCAUUUUAAAACCUAAAAAUGAUCAGACAAAUGUGUAUGAAGCAGUAAAUACCGACUGUUUUUCUUUGUUGGACAGCAGGGCUGUUUAUACUUGCUCGUACUCUUAGUUUUGAUACAUUUUCAUCUUGUCGAGUAAAUCUUUUUUCUUGUUUGUCCCAAGCUGUGGCAAUGUUUUGGCUUUAGAGCGAGCAUCUGUUAAUAUAUUUAAAUUUUACAUGCACUGUAGAUUAUGAACUGUGUCGUUCUUGAACUGCAUUUUUU